UAAAGUAAUAUUUUUAUUUAAGAUAACUGCCUAGUCUUUGAACCCUGUUUUGAAUUAGCGUUUUAUUUAAUACGUGAUUUGCAGCAUCAUGCUUCGUCACGAAUAUAAAAUAAACGACAAUAUAUUAAUGGAUCAAAAUGAUGACUUACUUCGCAAAAUGGAAAAGUAUGUUAAGUGUCCGCGAUGUAAAAAUUAUCUUCGAUUUUACCGCCGCAGGAGAUUAACACUUGACAAAAGAGAAUGCAGGAAUGUGUGCGAUCACUGCUUAAAUGAAUAUUUAUUUCGUAAGCCAAGUAGCACACAUGAUAAAGAAAGGAAAGCUAUUGGUAGGGAACAUUCUCCAUUUAAACAUAAUAAAAACAAGGUGAAACUGUGGCUUUCAAGAAUAAUAGAUUUAUUAGAGAGUAAUUUAAUACUUUACAAAACUGCAAACUUAUCAAAGCAAGCAGAAAAAAAGGGAUUGCUAAGCAAUGAAUCUCGAUAUAGAUCCUACAGAUUCCAUGAACCGCUGUUAAACCAAAUGUUUAGUUUUUCAAGGAACCAUGCGCAAAUUAAUGAAAGUUCAGAAGUCGUGAGUAAACCACAAUAUGUAAGAUAUGAUAUUGACGGUAACGAAGAAACACACAACAAAAUAACUUUUGAGAAAGGUUUAGAUAAUAUUGCGUCAAUGGAUACUUUUCAUGAUGAUGUUACGAUUUCAUCUACUGAUAGUCAUUCAAAGAAUCCUCUAAUGUUACAAGAAAAGUUACACUUAUUAAAAAAGGUUAUUCUUGAAGACAGUAAAGAAAAGAAAAAAAGUUAUGGCGAUAAAUAUAGAAGAGUUUUCACAGCAAAAAGACGUGAUGUCAAUUACAAUCGCGUAGAUGUUCGCGAAUUGCCUUUUAAAACACAAAUAGAAGCCGAUAGACAAAAAUUUUCUGUAACUUCUUUGAAACGGUUUAACUCUUUGGAAUCUCUAGGAACUUCAAUAUUAAGUUUCACGGAAAAAACAUUAGAACAAAACUUCAGUUAUUUUUUUCCUAAAGAAGAACAGGAUAAGCACCCAAUAAGACGGCAUAAAAGCUCCUCUGAAAUAAUUAAAGAUACAAUAGAUAUGUUAAGUGAACGUGCGGAGUUAGAAAGAAAAAAAAGGGACGAAAAACUUAAGAAAAAACUUCAAGAAGAGGAAAAAACUAAAUUAGCUCGUAUGGAAAAGUAUAAGCAAAAGGCUGAACCAGAAAAUCAAACUGAUACAGAAGAAAUAAAAGAAGUAAUUUUUAGCACAAAAGACAAAGAAAAAACAGAAAAGGCAAGCACCAAAUCAUCAAAAGAUACAAAAUCGGUCAAAUCAAAGUUAAACAAAGCUGUUAAAGAUAUUACAAAAUCUCCGGAGUUAGAUUUUAAAAAAGAAGGCGACAGAUCAGAAAAGGAAGUUCUUAAAGAAAAUAAAGUGGAGCGACCUUUUAAAGAAAAAUCUAUUAAAGAUACGGAAAAAUCUCCCAAGGAAGAUUUUAUAAAAGACAAACAAUUGAGAAAUGAAUUUAAAAAAAGUAGAGACAAAUCUCCAAAAGAAGAUUUGGAUAAAGAAGCAUUACUUUCAAAUAAAGAGCAAAAAAUAAAAGCAAAAGAAGAAAAAGAAAAACUUAUAAAAAUAGAAAAAGCAAAAAAGAUGCAAGAACGCGCUGAAAAGGAAGAAAAACUGAAAAAUGAAAAAGAAGAAAAAGAAAGACUUAAAAAGGAAAAGGCCGAACAAUCCCUAAAAGAGAAAGAGCGAAUUCAGAAAGAAAAAAGUCAUAAGCCGUCUGACCAUCAAGUAAAAGGUAUUGACCUAAAAGAAAAGCACGCGAAAGGUGAAAAGGUUACAGAAAAAAAAGAUAUAGAUAAAGGCAAUAGUGGCAAGCGAUUGCAAGAAAACAUUGAAAAAAAAUUAAAAGAAGAGGCAUAUUCAAAGAUGGCUAUGUAUAAUUCUCAAUCAAAACCUGAACCUGAUGAAAGAAGUGGCGUGUCUAAGCCCAAAAAAGAGGAGGUGACAACAUUUAAGGAAUUGAAUAUUAGCCAAGUGAAAUUAAGAAAACAUUCACAGGACAAUUUAAUUUUGCAACUUGUUAAAUUAAAACAGUCUGAAAGAAAGGAACCUCGGGCGCGACCACAACGCUUAUCAGAAAUAAAUGUAUCCCCUAUCAUACGUCGAGCACAUAAAGACCAUUGCAAUAGCCACGACUCGUGCAUUCUUUGCCGCAAUUCUGAUUUAGAACUAGAUAUUGAUAAUAUUUUAUUCGGUGAACAAAAAUUAAGUGAACCGACGGAUCUGAUAAUGGGUCGAAAAAUUAUUAAACUCAAAGAGUCUCCGAGGAUUAAUAAGACCAACAAUAUAACUACAUUUGAACCUUUAAUGUUUCAAUCUACUUUUAUUGAAGAAGACUCCCCGAAGGACUCGGAUAUAAGUACCUUAGUGAAAAGUAAACCUCCUCCUGUGUCCAAGCGAAUUGACCCGGAGGCUGCCAAAGGUGUAAUAAGAUACGCUCUGUCGGACCGCUCCUUUAUCGACAAAGGUUGGACGAUGUUACCCACUGAGAAAGUGGUCCGAAAAAUGAACGUAUAUCGUAUGAGACCAGCACAUCCUGAGUUCGAUUGGUUUGAACAUAACAAAAAUAAAAAAAUGAUGCAUUACGAUACAGGUGAAAAACUAGCUGAGUUUGAUGAUAAUGGAAAGGGUAGAUGGUUUUAUCGGAAUAGCAGAUUAGCUCUCGAUCAUUACAAUGCAGAAGAAACAAACGCUCAACAACGAUUUGUAAUCUACAGCAAUGGUGAGCCAGACGAGCGUGGCCGCCCUCGUCCUUUCACAAUACUCGCUACGUUUGAUUAUUUAGGUAACGGUGUGGUGUUUGAUCACAGCGGAAAAAUAAGGCUCAAAUAUAACCAAACGGAAGGAGUUAUUUUAGAUAAAAGUAUUGGGCCUGUAUCACAUUGGAAAUGGCAUACAUUAAAUGACCCGCCUGUACUUCAACAAGUUAUGAUUGACACUCAGAUGGCGCAUAAAGAUCCAGAGAUACUAAAACUGGGAGGCCAUGGAGAUGAAAAGCCAAGACAAGAUAAUGAAGAAAUGCUUGCCAUCGAAUUUGACAAUUUUAUAAAAGAGAAGAGUAAGAAAUUAACACAAAAAUUUAAGCCUUUUCAAAUCAAAAUGAAGGCACUUAAAAUUAACGAGAACUUUUCUUUGAAAGUUCUCGAUCAAGCUACAGUAUAUUUAAUAUUUCGAGAUGGUUCCACGAAUUUGAAAUUAAAUAUAGGAAUGAUCCUGGAUCAUAAGGAAAUUGUUGAUACUGAUACGGCAGAAGUUGGAGAAGUAUCUAACAGCCUAGAACGGUUUCCCGCCAAAACCGAUAGUUUAGCGGGCUUGCAACACAGUGUUGCCCAUGCUCAACGAGUAGAACGGGCUCGAAUAGAGCGUGAGCACCGUUUACGACCCACUCAGUCUAACACAAGCGCCGAUAAACUAACUGCUGCUGCUUCAAAACCCUUGCGGCGCCCAUUUCGCACGACAGCUAUACCUUCUAAUCCUUCAAUUAAUACUAAUACAACAGAAUGUCGUUGUAAAUGUAGGAAGCCAUCCACUUGUAAUAUUUAUUAUGAUACACGUUUAGUUUAAUAUAUUUAUUUUAUU